AUGAGUCGACAGUGCUACACCUCGGGCUCCAUCCUGGGCCGACGGGGCUUCUCCUCGGCCUCGGCCGUGUGCGGGCUGGGCCGCGGCAGCGCCGGCUCGGCCUCGGCGUGCCAGCCCUCGGGCCGGCGCUGCGGCCUGGGCGGCUUCAGCAGCCGCAGCGUCUGCGACCUGGGCCGGGGGCAACGCAUCUCCUUCGGCUGCCGCGGGGGGGUCCUGGGCGGCCCCGCCGUCGGGCGCUGCGGCGUCGCCUUCGGGCCCCCGGGGCGCUUCGGCGUGGGCGCCGUCGUGGGCUUCGGCGGCGGCUGCGGCGGCUUCGGCGGCCUGGGCGGCUUCCGCGGGCUGGGCGACGGCGUGGCCGUGGGGGGCUACGGCGGCGGGCUCGGCGUGGGCCUGGGCGUGGGCACGGGCCGGUCCGAGGGCAUCCGCGGCGUCAGCAUCCACCCCGAGCUGCUGAAGCCCCUGUGCGUGGGCGUGGACCCCGAGGAGUGCCAAGUGAGGACCCACGAGAAGGAGCAGAUCAAGAACCUCAACAACCAGUUCGCCUGCUUCAUCGACAAGGUGAGGCUGCUGGAGCAGCAGAACAAGGUGCUGACCACCAAGUGGGAGCUGCUGCAGCAGUAUGUCCUGCCAGCCUCCCGCAGGAGCCUGGAGCCCGUGUUCGAGAACUUCAUCUGCAACCUGAGGAAGCAGCUGGAAUGUGUGAUGGGGGAGAGGGAGCGGCUGGAGAACGAGGAGCGCUGCCUCCGGGACCUGGUCCAGGAGUUCAAGUGCAAGUACGAGGAUGAGAUCAACAAGCGCACGGCGGCCGAGAACGAGUUCGUGGUGCUCAAGAAGGACGUGGACGCUGCCUACAUGACCAAGGUGGAGCUGGAGGCCAAGGUGGACGCGCUGAGCGACGAACUCAACUUCCUGCGCGCCCUCUACGAGGCGGAGCUGGCCCAGCUCAGCGCCCAAGUGUCCGACACGGCCGUCAUCCUGUCCAUGGACAACAACCGCGACCUGGACCUGAGCAGCAUCAUCGCCGAGGUGAAGGCGCAGUACGAGGACAUCGCCAACCGCAGCCGCGCCGAGGCCGAGGCCUGGUACCAGAACAAGGAGGUGGAAGCGGGUUUGGCCUCGGAGGAGGAGGUGGAAGCGGGUUUGGCCUCGGAGGAGGAGGUGGAAGCGGUUUUGGCCUCGGAGGAGGAGGUGGAAGCGGUUUUGUCCUCGGAGGAGGAGGUGGAAGCGGUUUUGUCCUCGGAGGCGGAGGCGGAGGAGGAGGAGGAGGAGGAAGCUACAGCUUUGGAAGUGGAGGAGGACUCGGACUCGGGGGUGGAGGUGGUCUCGGAGGUGGAUUUGGAGGCGGCCACGGAGCAGGAGGCGGCGGCAGCAGCCUGA